AUGACUCGAAGUCAAUCAUCAUUGACAGCAGCCGCAGAACCUUCUCAAAUCAUGUUGAUGUCUGCUGAUGAAACUUUAACAUCUUCGUUAAUAUCUAUCCAUCGUUUUGAUUAUUCUACCAUAGCGAGCGAAUUUUCAUCAGAUAUCAUGACUACUGCAACUAAAGGAGCAGUAAUUCAAGCCAGUAGUGUUACUAUCGAAACUAUUGCCUCAACAACUGUCGUAACUACAAUUCCAACAACACAACCAACACCUGCAGCAACCACUAGGAUACCUUGUAAUGGUCAAUGCCAUGCGAAUGCUACCUGCCAAGGCUCGGGAGGAAAUGAAAGAUGCGAAUGUGAAUCUAGCCUAGGAUAUUAUGGAGACGGGAUUACAUGUACAGAAUUUACUGACGAUCUACGCAUAUUUUAUCUCUUGCCCCAAUUAGAAAAUAAAUGCAUUACUAAUCCUAAUGCCUGUGGAGUCAAGGCUACAUGUUCCAAUACUAGUACAAGCUACUUUUGCCAAUGCAAAUUCGGUUAUUAUCUAUCUUCAACGGUAGGAAACCACCUAACGGUGAAAACGGACAGUUCGUGCUUACUCGGACUGACAUAUAAUGGAGAAAUUGGCUUUAAGAAUGCGUACGGUCCAUCUUAUACCCCCAUCAGUAAUUCUAAUGUAACUCAACUAUUUUCUAUACUGAAAGAUAUGAUUCAGCAAGUACUCAAUACAAAUUCAACUACAAAGGGUCGUUAUCAUGCGAUCGAUCUCACUUCUAUUGGGAAAAGAGAUCCUAAUAAUCUUCUUCUGCGUUAUCUGCUUGUCAUGAAGAAUGGAAGCGAUUAUCUUCAGCCGGACUUCCUUAGUAAAGUACUGAAAGAAAAAAUUCGAGAUGUUGGACCACUAACCGCAAUUACUUUUUCAUUUAGCGAUGCUAAUGAAUGUGAAAAUUCUGAAAUUAACACAUGUAACUCAACUAUUUCAACUUGCAUUGACCUGGUGGGAAAAUUUGUUUGUGAAUGUCGGGCGAAUUAUUACGCAAACAAUACCAAUAAUGGUUGCAUUGAACCCGAUCUAUGCCGAGAUUUUAAUAAUUGUAGAAAUGGAGCAACAUGUCUAACUAUCAAUCGUAAGGUGGUUUGUAGAUGCAGUUUCUUGUUCAAAGGAAAGCAGUGCCAAUUUUUAACCGAAGGCGGAAUUGUGGUAUUAACUGCCUGUGGAGGUUGCAUAGUUCUUAUAGCUUUGGCUAUCUCAUUCGUUUAUUACUACAAACUGGCAACACAGCCCAACAGUAAAGCAAGGUAUGAAAACACCGGAAGACGACGAAGUUUAUUACCUAAUUCUGAUUCACCGCCAUCACCACAACGUCCUUUAAGUGCUCAGUUAGGAGAUGAAAAUUCAGCAGCUUUAAGUGGCUCAACAGUACCUCUAACAACGAAUGAAAGCCAACCGAGACAUACUGGUGCAUAUGAAACCGUUGAAAUGGCUCAAUAUAGCAAGCAAACUAUCGAUCUGUAG